UUGAUGUAUUUUCUGAAUGAAUUGGCGGUGAUUGAAGUGGCAUCUACAACUGUUAUUUAGCAUUUAUUUAAUUUCAAGAUUUUUUUUUUACAAAAAUGGAUCAGUUUUUUUAUGGUACUACUCUUGAUAUUAAGACUCCAUUAGCUACCUUUGAAAAUGAAACCAAUAUCGAGGAAAAUCUUUAUAAUGCGCAAAAAUUAACUAUUAAACGUAUUAUUCUAGAUCCAUCUGCAAAAGAAAAUGAGUUCAAUAUUAUUGAGGCAGAAACGCUAAACUGCGACUCGGAGAAUAUUAGAAUUCCAAUUGCUAUAUUAAAGGCCGGCGAAACUCGAAUGCUCAAACCGAAUAUUGAAUUUCCUAAUAAAACAGUUUCAUUUAAACUUAUCAAAGGAAAUGGUCCAGUCCACAUUUACGGCAAUGUAGCAACUGAAUCUUCAUGGCUGCAAGAUGAUUGAAGACAAAUCAAAUUCAUUUAGUAAUAUUCAUAAUUGUAAUAAUAAUAAUUGUAAUAAAGAAGCUAACAAAUGAUAAAAGAAAAUUUAAAAGUUUAA